AUGGCGACGCAGGAGACAAGGGUCGUCUCGAUUCAACGUCUGCAGUCAGGCCCCGGGUCUCGGACCCUGGCUGAAUGGUGGGCGGACGAGACGAAGCUACAGACUCCCGAGGCCAAGGCCAUCGAGGAAGCGGCACAGCUUCUCCGCACCAGCGAUAUCCCCGUCGCCUUUCCCACCGAGACUGUGUACGGCCUGGGUGCGGAUGCCACACGAAGCGCAGCGGUUCAGGGUAUCUAUCGUGCCAAGCAACGUCCCUCCGACAACCCUCUCAUCGUCCACGUCGACUCCCUGGACAUGCUGACUCGUCUCCUCAACCCCUCCUCGUCAUCCCCCGACAGCCGGUCGUCCACGCAGACUCCACGUAUUCACCUCCCAGAAAUCUAUCGUCCCCUGGUGGAACGCUUCUGGCCGGGUCCAUUGACCAUCAUCCUCCCCAAUCCCUCCGGAUCGGACCUCGCUCCCGAAGUCACUUCCAGUCUCACCACCUUUGGCGUGCGAAUGCCUAAAUCCGCCCUGGCACGCCUCCUCAUUCACGUCACCGACCGCCCUCUGGCUGCCCCCUCCGCCAACGCCUCGACCAAACCUUCUCCCACCACUGCCCAACAUGUCUACCAUGACCUGCAUGGGCGCAUUGAUCUCAUCCUCGACGGCGGUCCCUCGGGUGUGGGUGUGGAGAGCACCGUCGUCGACGGGCUCUGUCACCCCCCGGCUAUUCUCCGCCCCGGUGGCAUCGGUCUCGAAGAGCUCCGUAGCUGCCCCGGCUGGGAAGAGGUUACCGUUGCAUACCACGACGGCACGCUGGACGUGAAAGAGAUCCCUCGCGCCCCGGGAAUGAAAUACCGCCACUACUCCCCCAAGGCGCGAGUCGUCCUCUUUGAAUCUGGAUCUCAGAUCGCGGGUGUGACCCGCCACGUACGGAGAGAUCUUGCCGACGGCGCGGUUGGCGCACACAAUAUCGGCAUUGUGCGCACGCGUAUGUGGCCUCAGGGACUGGAUCUUCUGCCCAGCGAUGCGCUGGCCUCGUCCAUACGACCGGUUUCUUCGGCCAUUGAGCACUUACAGAGCUUCCCCGUUCCCGGCCAGGAGAUGGGCAGCCCAAGCAAUCGGACCAAGACCGCAUAUGACUACCAUCUGGGGUCGGACACGGAAGCCAUUGCGCAUGGACUGUUUGCAGCUCUGCGAGCCCUGGAUGAGCUCGAUGUGGAUGUCAUCUAUGUCGAAGGCAUUCCCGAUCGAGAUGGGGAUCUGGCCGCCGCCGUGAUGAAUCGUUUGCGCAAAGCAGCCGGGGCUGAGUUGAAGGCGUAG